GUGGUGGAGGGGCGAGGUUAUUAUUUACUCGAGACGAUGUCGUUUUUAGGGGUUCCUUGCUUUAAUAAUGAACAGCCAUUCCUCGAUCAGUCUGCCGAACCAACCCCUAGCCGCUGAUACAAAACAGACUGACAGUGGCUGAGCUCUGAGACCCGCCUCCUCUGUAAGUAAUAAGGCAGCAACUCGCAUUGAUAAAUUAUUCACAAAAGAACCGGGAACAACAGCAAAAGGCAGGUUCGGCUGCGUACAGAAAAUCACCAAUUCAGAAAGGGAGAGCAAGCAAUACACAUCUCUCCAUAUACUAAAGAUUCAUAUGUUUAAGAAAACAUGGAAGUGACAUGAAUUGUGAAAAGAACAUUCUUCCCAGAAGACGCCGUCACCAAAGUUUUCAUCGUCCACAGUGCACGGUUUGCAAGCAGAAUGGAUGGGAUAGCUUCUAUUUACGCUGGAAACCAUUCCAUUCUCUUUAACUUCUCAAAGAGAAAUUUCACCUUUGAUCAUUUUGACCAGUGCUAUUCACCAUCCGCCAUGAUUUUCAUAUUAGCUCUGAUUUACAGUGCUAUCAUCAUCCUUGGGGUUUCUGGCAAUCUACUUCUAAUUGUUAUCAUCAUGAAACAGAAGGAAAUGCACAAUGUCACAAACAUUCUGAUUGUCAACCUGUCAGUCUCCGACCUGCUGAUCAGUAUCAUGUGCUUGCCUUUCACUUUUGUCUAUACGUUCAUGGACCACUGGAUUUUUGGUGAGGCCAUGUGUAAGCUGAACUCGAUGAUCCAGUGCAUCUCCAUCACUGUCUCCAUCUUCUCCUUGGUGCUGAUUGCCGUGGAGCGCCACCAGCUGAUCAUCAACCCCCGUGGUUGGAGACCCAACAACAAGCAUGCCUACCUAAGCAUUGCCAUUAUGUGGGCAGUGGCCAUCCUGACAGCACUGCCUUUCCCACUUUACCAUAUCCUAACAAGUGACCAGAUCCAAUUUGACCCUAAAUACUCAGAGGAAUUUGCUGGAAUCUAUUUGUGUUUUGACCAGUGGCCAUCAGAAAACCAGAGGCUUGCCUAUACCACGUGUCUCCUGAUAUUGCAGUACUUUGCUCCACUCUGCUUUAUAUUCAUCUGCUACUUCAAAAUAUAUAUGCGCCUGAGGAGGAGGAAUACUAUGAUGGAGAAGAUGAGAGAGAAUAAAUACAGGGCAGAUGAGAACAGAAGGAUAAACGUUAUGCUAAUCUCCAUUGUAGUUGCUUUUGCAGUCUGCUGGCUACCUCUCAACAUUUUCAAUGCUGUUUUUGAUUGGAACCAUGAGGCUUUUAAUAAUUGCCAUCAUAAUCUAGUUUUCUCUUUAUGCCAUCUGACAGCAAUGCUCUCAACCUGCACAAACCCCAUUUUUUAUGGAUUCCUCAAUAAGAACUUUCAGAGGGACUUGCGAUCAAUUCUUCAUUACUGUAAAUGCAGCUCCAGAGAGGAGGACUACGAAGCUAUUGCCAUGUCAACCAUGCAGACUGAGAUUUCCAAGAGCUCUUUGAAACAGACAACACAAAUUGCUUGAGAUUUGUUGAUUCCAAAGUAUUGCCUAAGUAGUAUGAACAGUAAUUGGUGCCCCCAACUAUGCUACUGAAUAUUACUACAGAUCAUUCUACCUAUGUGAAGCAAAACAUCUACUCAACGUCUUAAAUAAUUUCAUGAAUUUUAUAUUUUACCUAUUAAACAGGAGAUUCCUUACAACUUGCUCUUUCUGGUCUAUGUUCCAUAAUUGGUAACAUCUAUGCUACUUUUGAAGAAGACUUUGGUAAAAUAGUUCAAGGUCACGAACUUCACAGCAUGAACUUUAUAACUUCUCUUUAUGUCUUCUUGGUAACAUGGGGAAGGGCAUAUUUUAUAAUGUAUCCGAACUCUUUUCAAAUUAUAUUCUGUUAGCAUGCACUCUAUUUUCAAGACCUUUAGAUGUAUUAACAAAAUUAGUUCUCUGUAUUGAUAUCAUGGAAGAACUGAAGCUUAAGGUUUUAGUGUUCUUCUCAAGAUGAGAGGAAAAUUAAAGGACAGCUACCUCAUUCUGUUGCCACUUGCCUCCCAGUAGCAAAGAAAUGGAUGGGUAGUGUUGUUUCCCUUGGGCAGAUGAUAGUGAAGGAUAGAGGACUUGUAAAUAAGGAAGUCAUUGAUUUUGAGAAUCUAUUUCACAAAAAAAACUUUUCUUUUACAGGCUUGAUUUUACAAAUACACUCCCGUUAAGUAAAUCUGCAGCAGAUACUUUGAACCAAAAAAAAACUUGGUACGAUAACAAUGUUGUUUGUGGGUUCUUUUGACAAACUGUAUUAUUAUAAUGUCACCAUUGUCCAAUGUUAUAUAUUUGAUGCAUGUCAACGUUUGGAAAGAAGAACACCAUCAGUAUUAAUAAGCAUACUUUUCAAAAGUUACUUAUUAAGAAAUAUUUAUUAUUGCCAGAACAAACAAUUAAUUUAUGUUUAAAAUGAGUUUUUAAGAAAACUGAUACCCACUUUUGACAGUGAAAUACUGCCAAAUCAUUACACAGGUGAUGUUUAUUAAUUUAUAUUUACUUACUGUUACAUAAUGGGUUAUUUUGCAAUCUCAGCUUGGUCAAAAGUGCUUGAGCAAGUGUAUUUAAUUUCAUGCCUCAUGGGUAAAGUUGUGCAGAAAUUAGCAUUGU